AGAGACCCUACCUACUCCUCAGAAAACUGACCUCUCUCCCCAAUCACACACGCAUAAAGGAAGAGAGACCAAGAAUGCUCUCUUUUACUCUCAUAAAAUUAAACAAAACAAAAAGAAAAGGAAAUUAAAAUUCUCUCAUUCCCUGCCUCUCUCUGUCUCUACACAGAGGGGUUUUGCAUUUUUCAAUCGAAGAUUCUCACAUAUUAGGCCUUUGUUCAAAACUUUUUAGUCCGGAUUCUCUGCGAAGCCUACUUUUCUUGCUAUCAUGCUGAACAUUUAGGUCAUAGAUAAAGCCUUGUGUAGGAUACUAUCAUAUGGGAUAAGUGACUGUUGACCUGGAAGAUUGUGUAGUUCAUUCUCAGAAUUCCCAUUGGUUAAGUGGUGUGUCUGAUCCAAGUGUGGGGUGCAUUGUCAUGUGCUUGUGCUAAUUCUAAAUAAUAGCCCCCUUCAUGGCCUUUAAAGCUUCUAAUGAAAGAGGAGUUGGGCUUCAACCCAGUUCAUUCAAUAUGGAAGAUGUUGAAUUAAAUACAAAUUGGGAAGAUGUGACUUGUCCUAUAUGUUUGGAUUUCCCUCACAACGGUGUACUCCUUCAGUGCUCAUCUUAUGAGAAAGGAUGCCAUGCUUUUGUUUGUGAUACAAACCACUUACACUCCAAUUGUUUAGACCGUUUCAAAAGUGCAUAUGGUAUGUCAUCUCCUUCAAAAUCUGAUGUGAGUCCUGCAGUAAAUACUGAACAAAUGGCAUCAGAAGAAGAUUGCAGGCCUACUUGUCCCUUGUGUAGGGGGGAAGUUACUGGGUGGGUGGUUGUUGACAAGGCUCGUAGACAUCUAGAUGUGAAGAAGCGUUGUUGUGAGGAACAUCAAUGUACGUUUAUGGGUACAUACUUGGAAUUACAAAAACAUGCUCAACUAGAGCAUCCUCAUUCUCGUCCUUCAAAAAUUGAUCCUGCUCGGCAGCUUGAUUGGGAUAAUUUCCAGCAGUCCUCCGAGAUCAUAGAUGUUUUGAGCACUAUUCAUUCGGAAGUCCCUCGUGGGGUGGUUUUAGGAGACUAUGUGAUUGAAUAUGGUGAUGAUGAGACUGGAGAUGAGUUUGAGGACUUCCAUGGGGACGAACGUAACUGGUGGACCUCCUGUAUCUUAUAUCAGGUUUUUGAUAACUUACGAAAUUCUAGAAACAGAAGAAGGUCAAGAGUUGGUGACGCAAGAAGAGGAAGUCGCCGAGCAAGCUAUGAUAAUUCGAAUUCUGAUGAAGGUUCUGUGACAUCUGUUGAAUUCCCUGAGUAUAGAGCAGAUGAGACUGAUGAUGAUUUUAUGAGUUCAAAUGGCUCCUCCAGGGGUGGCUCCAGUCAUCGAAGUUCACGUAGACGUCGUUCUCGCUUCUAUGACAAUUAGUGCUUAAAUAGAGUAGAAGUGAAGGGGCAAGAAAGAGAUCCAUUGGAAGGAAGUGGAAGGCACCGGCAUGCUUGCUGUGGAUCUCUUCAGUAGUUUGUUUACGUGUAAAAGCAAGCUACAUCUGGAUUGUAUAUUUUUAGAUCUGCAAUGAGAUGUGCUGAUUGGACAUUACAUGACACAUCUAUUGGUUCCAUGGGUCCCCUUUGUUGCUUAAAAGUAUAACCUUUGCUUCAUAUCU